GUCAAUAAGCAGCAUAAAUCACAGUAUUUCUUAUGUUGAGCAAGCGUUUGCAACUUCCCUGUGACUACAUCCAAUUAAAAUAGGAAGCAAGUGAGAGAUGCAGAGAGAGAGAGAGAGAGCGAGAGAGAGAGAGUACCAGAGGACAUCUACCUUGUAUAGAAGAGGAGAGACUGCCGCACGUCUAUCAAGGUGACUUAUUUCACAUUUCUCACUAAAAGAUCUCACUGAAAUUCUACUUCGACAUUUAUAAGCAUGCUGUCGAACGCCACAGAUAACGUCACCACUGACCCCUUCUCCUGCUACCAUUCCUCGGUGGUGGGCUACCGUUACUUUGGGGUGCUGUGGGGGUCCCUGGUGAGCGUGGUGGGGAUGUCGGGGAACAUACUGACCGUGCUGGUCUUCAUCAUGGACCGCCGGCUGAGGACCCACUUCAAUGCGCUCAUCGUCAACCUGGCAGUGGCCGACCUGCUCUACUGCGGCGUCCUGCAGCCGACCAGCGUCGACUCGUACCUGCACCUGCACUGGAGGGGCGGGGCCACCUGGUGCCGCGUCUUCGGCCUGCUCCUCUUCCUCUCCAACUCGGUGUCCAUCCUCACGCUCUGCCUCAUCGCCGCCGGCCGCUACCUGCUCAUCGCACGGCAGGGCGUUUACCGCCUCCUGUUUUCAGGCCGGGGCCUGGCCCUGCUGCUGCCUGCCACCUGGGCGGUGGGGCUGGGCAGCUUCGGACCGCUUUGGCCCGCCUUUGUCUUUGUGCCGCAGGUGUGCACCUGCAGCUUCCACCGCACCAGGGGGCGCCCCUACAGCACCGUGCUGCUCUUCUUCUACUUCUUCGUGGGGCUGGGCUGCGUGGGGCUCUUCUACUUCCUCAUCUACUGGCGGGUGAGGGCGGCGUCCCGGGCGCUGCUGAAAUACAGGUUCAGCCGCCGUUCGUCCCGGAAGAAGCUGGCCCCGGCGGAGGUGGAGGGCACGACCGAGGGCGACAGCGGGGUGCAGACGCAGAGCUGCGAGGUCAGCGAGGUCACGGGGACUGGUCACGGGGCCGCGGGCGGGAGCGGAAUGGUUCAGAAGGCCGCCCCACCAGCCCCCGCCACCUCAUCCGGGGACGACGGGGAGUUUGCCCGCGUGACCCGAAUGUGCUUCACCGUCUUCCUGUGUUUCGUGGGCUGUUUCGCCCCCUUCAUCCUGCUCAACAUCACGGACCGCCGGGGAAAAGCCCCUCAGGUGGUGCACAUGUUCUGCGCCAACCUCACCUGGCUGAACAGCUGCAUCAACCCCAUCCUUUACGCCGCCAUGAACCGGCAGUUUGGACAGGCGUACCGGGUCCUGCUGUCACGCGCCACACAGCCUCUGACCAGUCUCUGCCGGCAGUGAACCUCUCCACACACACAGGAGCUCCAAGUAACACACGCCUUUGCCAGUAUACAAAAGAAAAAGGAACCAACAACAUUCUUUAUCAUUUGUCACAUCUUCAGUUAUUUUUCCAGAAGGAUGUUUGACCACAUCUAGUGACUUUUCCACAAAAUAUAUUUUCAAACAUGCAAGUAAUGGAGACUGAGCCUUCAAACUAUGGCCCAAUCUGCUGUGCUUAGAAAUAAACAAAUUCUCCAGAACACAGCUUGGCGUUUAAGCGUGGAUUUCUGGUUUCUGUUCCAGAAACAUCUUCCCUGCCACUGCUUUACAUAAUGGGUAAAGACAAGCUAAUUUCUACAUUCUGAUGGAAAGUCAGAUUCUGUACAAAACAGACAUUCCUGCAUUGCCCAACGCUGAUUGCCUAAUUGAGGAACUCAGCUGAGCAUUCUUGCACAUUAUCACACUUCCUGCAUAAGGUCCAAACCGGACUGUGUUCUGUGCCAUUAUACCAUUGACACAGUUAUAAUUCCUUUUUGAAUUAUUAUUCACAAGUGUUACAUGAUUACAUAAAUGCCUACAGCUUCUGGUUAAAUUUCACUUGGAAUUUAGGAACUUAGGAAAAAAAACAAAAACAAGACAACUGUAUCAAGGUUUAUGUAUGAAAUAGCUUUAUUGCAGAUAAUGGGAAAACAUUAUUAUGAACAUGAUUAUAAUGGAAAGCAAAUGCCAUGUUAGACAUUUCAGUCUGCUCCACAGGGCCAUUUGUAUAUGCGGAGACCGUAUGUGCAUUCCUGUUCACAUGUAUGAAAUAUAGACUGAAUGUACAGCAUGUGGCAAAGGACACUGCAGACACUGCACUGUUCUGUGUUUAGCACAAAUAAUGAAAUGCCUUUAAAAGGAAAAGGUUACUGAGAAUAUUACUCAAACUGCGGGUAUGAAGUAGGUAACCAAUUUCUGCCAUUAUGCCUCUCAUUGCCUUUGAUGACCAGUACUUUGCUUUGCCUGUUUCAGAAAAAAGCUGCAAAUACUUUUUUAAUUUACUUAUUCAUUUUACUUGCAUAAAGUAUUACAUUGAUUAUUUGAGUAUUAGUUUGUGUGAUUUUAACCCUCCUAUUAUGUUUGAUUUGAUGCCAUUCAGUGUUUGACAUUUCUUAAAGAACAGUUAGCCAUUUUUUUUAUAUUGAUAGUGUAUGAUUUUUCUAAUUUGGUGGGAUUAAAUAGUAAAAAUGCAAUAAACAUAAUGCAAUGCGAAGUCCUGUACCAACCAAGCAUUGAAAUGUGUUGUGCAGUGUUAUUUUUACCCUCUGUAACUGUAUAAAAUGUAAAAAAUAUGCAACCUUUUUUUUUUUCCUU